AGUGUUGAAUUUGGUUGUAUCUGCGUAUUAAAGCCUAACACUAUCACUGGAUCGUCAGUCCUCUAGACUGUGCUCACACACAGCACCAUGUUGUCCGCAGGGGUGCUGCUCAUUGGCCUGUGUUUGCUGGGUGUUCAUCAAAACGAAGCCGUUGUAAGUUUCUCAUCAUUUUUAUUAAUAAACUAUGAUGAUUUUUUUUGUAAUGGUGCAAAUACUGAGUUUAUGAAAAGAUACGUUGUUAAUUUGUCCUUUUUUUUUUUCCUUUCUUUUUGUCAUUUCAGGAUGAUAUCCUCUGUAAGAAACUUUUCUCCAGUUGACCUGUGUGGUUCUUAAAACUUGGAGUUCAACUAAUUUCUGUGUUUUGUAAUUGCACAUUGGAUAUUUAGAUUUGCAUUUUUUUUUCUUUAAGCAUAAAAAAUGUAAUUGCGAGCAUGGUUUGAAAUCCAUAUGUAAACGUUAUAAUCCAAAUUAUUUGGAGGACAGAACUAUCAUUUCAAGAAUAGGGAGCAAGUUUAAUCAUAAAUUAUCACAGUAUAAUUUUAGGACUGACAGAAUAAUAAAUGACAAAAUUGUUCUUAGUUUUAUUGUGACAUUGAUUUUUUGUGAUUCUAUGACCUCUCCUGCCUCAUCCUGUACUCUUUCAGUGAACUUUAGCUUUGUGUAAACUCUGAGUUGAUAUUAUUGUUAUACCUUAUCAUCAAAGAUAUCUUGUACAUUGAGUUAUUAUUGGUAGUGACAAUGGUUCAUUAAGUCGCUUUAACAGUCUUAACAGAGUGUAAUUGAAGUCUUAAAAUCCAUGUUUUUCUCCCUUUUUGACCAACCAAUGAUCUGAUCUGACUUUUAAACGCACACAGUUAAUAAAUCAUAUUAUUGAAAAUGUUGGUAACCCUGCUGCUUGUAGUAACACUCUAGUGACUCAGAGAUCUCUGUUCCUCACAGACAUAGAUUACGGAUUGGACCCCACGGAUGCACCUAACUUCUACUACGAUGUGGAUGACUGGUUGUUUGACUUGAUAGAUGAGCCGAGUGAGUAUCCUCAUAAGACUGCAUGUUCUGUAUGUAUUACUGUGUAUGUUUUUACGUUAUACCUAAAAUUAUACUUUAUCUCUCCAGCUGCAGAUGCUUGUCUGUCUAACCCCUGCUUCAACGGUGCUUCCUGCCUUCCUAUAUCAGAUACAAAUUUCACAUGCAUUUGUCCUUUCCCCUACGUGGGCAGGAGAUGCCAGAAAAGUGAGCUUUUCAAACCUUGCUUCAAUAUUUUGUUGCGCACUUUCAUACCACCAUUCUGGCUGAUUAGAUGUCAUUUGACAACUUGUAUGAUGAUCAUUUUGGAGUGCUUUAUUUUAAUGCUUAUACACAAAGUUGAUGUUUGGUCAAACUGUCACUUUUGAAAACUUAUUUUUCUUUACAGUGAGAAAUAUUUGUGCGAAUGUCACCUGUGGCCAUGGUAACUGUGUCGUCAAUUUAAACAAACCUGAGUCAUACGAGUGCAAGUGUAACCCUCCAUACUAUGGCCCUGACUGCAAAUCAUGUGAGUACCCAAAACCUUAUGUUUUACAAGAUUUGAGAUUGAUCUUUGUCAGACUAAACAAGGAGAACCAUAAAGUUCCUUGUUGUGUUGUCAACUGUUCUGACGUGGAGUGGUGUUGUAGGCCCAUCAGACUCUGAUGGGAUCCACUGUUUUAAGUGUUGCAAUCAUGUCUGCCAAGAAACUUUAUACCCCAUGAUCCUAAUUUAUUAUAAAAGGGCAUCUCUGCAAGAAGUUAUUACAGGAAAGUGACGUAAAUAAAAUGUAUGGAUGCCUGACUUGCUUGAGGCUCCAGCAACAGAUAGUCUUCAAAAACCUCUUUUCAAAGGAUGGAUAUCUUAAGGGGAGAACUGGGUAGUCAAUUCUCUGAACCCUUUGAUACAGCCUUGCAGUGAUGCACCUUUGAAUUGUUUUUUUCUUGUUGUUUCAGUGCCAUCAUCAGCCUGUGAACCCAAUCCCUGCCAGAACGGAGCUACCUGUGUGAAAGGGACCAAACGCUUUGGCUGCAUAUGUCCUGGUGGACAUACUGGGAGGUUCUGCCAAAAUGGUUAGUGCUGUCUAAAGGACUGAUUCAGCCAUCACACUCGUUAGCAGGAAAAGCCUGAAAUGAACUCUUAGAAAAACACAAAAAGUUCAAAGUUCACCAACAAACCAAACAUCAGAUAUUGAUCGAUUACAGAAACUCUAAAAUACCACAGUCCUCAGCAGUUUUUUGUGUGUCAGUGUUGUUUAUGGUCCCGCUGUAAAAAAAAAUCAUUUUUAAUUAAGAAAAAAUCACACAAAACUAGUUCAAAUUUGACAUUUAAUUCAACUUUGUGGGCUUCCUGUAAGGAUUUUGUAUUGAUAAUAAGAGGGUUUUUCAGACCCUAUAAAUAUUUUGGAUGCUUUUUUUUUUUUUUUAAGUGAGGUUUUGUGUUGACUUUGAGUUUCUCUUGUAGCACCUGCUGACUGUUACGAGGGCAAUGGGGAGUCAUAUAGAGGCACUGUCAGUGAAACAGAGGACGGACAGGAGUGUUUGGACUGGAACUCUUUCUUUGUUCGUUCACAGGCGGAGGAUCCUAUCCUCAUGUACCCAGACUCUGGACUGGAGUCUAACAACUACUGCAGGUAGAAUCAAGACAAUAUUUAAUGGAAAAAAGAUUAUAUAGCGUUAAGCUGACAUGGAUUUUUCCAUAGAUGAGGUUGUGACCAGCCCUUCUUGGAAGAAAAAACUAAUGUACAAAAGCUGAUUUGUUUAUCAUUGCUACGUGUUAUGAUGUCCUCGUUACCUAAAACAUGGACAUCAUAACACGCGGUUGCAAUAUUCCUUUAUUGUAAAUUGUAUUCCGUGUUUAUCUCUGACCUUGCUGUGUCCUGUGUGUCGCCUAUCUUGUAUGUAAAUUAGAUGUGCCGUCGCAUGCUCCUGAUUGGCUGCUCCAGCACACCAGCAGCCAAUUGCGGGCUUGUUCCCGUAGUACUUUUUUCUUGCUUAUUGCUCGGUUAAAGGCAUGGUUGACGAUCUGAGAAGCAGUUGAAAAAAACUGAGCCAUUGAGGCAUAUUUGAAAAACGUGUCCGACCCCCCACCCUCUGUGCUCCAUGAUAACUCCCCCCCUGAACCUGUAUUGCCCUCCCCACGACACACCCCCUCUGGCAGAGCAAGAAGCCAGCCGGCAGAAGAUCCUACACUAGCUUCAAAUAGAAUUCAGCAUGUCUGAUUGCUAGUGACUAGUGGCAGUAAAUGCCAGCUCUGCUAGCGAGCACUGUCUGCAGCUGCCUGGACAGCUACUGUGUUGACAUUGCAGAGACUAAUAAGAGUAAUUUAUGAGAUCAUGUGCCACUAAAAGGCGAAAACUAUCUGUUCAACAAAAACUCUACUGUCUCGGCGUCUGUUUUCAGGCCCAAAUCCUGGCAGAGCUUUCUCCACAGCUCAAAGGAUGACCCGAUAUUUAUUCGAGUUAGAUUCCUUGCUUGGUCACAUUUCCUCUUCGACUCUGCCCUCUUUUCUGUCGGCUUGCGUUUUCUUAGCACUUGUGUUUUUUUGCGUCCUUCUCCAUCACAGCUCCUGUAGCAAAGCUGCUACGCUACUUUUAGGCGCUCAGAGCUCCGAGGAGGGCUGGAAGAGUGGGAGGGAAUGAGUCGGAAACACGGGAGAGGGGUGUGUCGAAUACAGUGAGGUGAUUGGAUGGAGAGGGGGAGCAGGAGAUUGACCAAGAGGAGCUGUCCAGGACGGAUGGCUCCCAUUGGUCAAUGUAUUUGCAGCCCUGCACCUACUAGGGUGAACAGAUUUUUUACAUCCUUUUGUCUCUUCACUUUGUAGCACUAUAGGACCGUGAUCGCCAUAUAAACAAGGUUCAUAUUAAUGACCAAUCUCUCCAAUCAUCAACCAUGCCUUUAAGUUUUUUGUGUUGUCGUGGUAUUUCUUGGCUGGCAGUUAAAUCUUGGUGUGUCGAGAGGUACUUGUGUAGCGCAUAGCUGUCAAGUAUCCUGUAUGUAUAAUUUCCAUCUUUUAUUUAAGGCUCAUUAUUUAUCUGGCCCAGACUCCCCACGUUUGACAGAGUCCCUGCCUCUAAACAUUUUAAUUCAUAAUAAUCUCAGUCUAUGAGGUAUAACUCCUGAACAUAUCCAUUUAACUCAUAAACUCUAUCCACUGCAGCACAGCAAAUUCAGCUAUUUGUAAAGAGUGUAAACUAGUUAAACUAUCAUUUGUCUCAUUUUCCUUUUUGUUUUAUUGUGCUAUCUACAUUUUAGGAAUCCAGAUGGGGAUGACAAACCAUGGUGUUAUGUCAAAAAGCAAGGCUCACUACAGUGGGAUCACUGCAAAGUCAAAAAGUGCUCUGGAGGUGACUACAGACACACAACGACACAUGUUUACACACAGAAUAUAUACAAUAUAUGUUUGUACUUUUCGUCUGUAACUUGCUCCCUCUUUCCCAGGUCCUUCCCCAACUCCUGUCCAACCAGUGCCAGGCUCUACCCCGUUUUCUCAGUGUGGCAAAAUAGACUUCGGGACCCAGCCCACUCGCACCAGCAGAAUUUUCGGAGGCACCAAGUCCUUCCCUGGUGCUCACCCCUGGCAGCUUUCCCUACAGGCUAAACCCAAAGGCUCCUCAUUUGAGUUCGGCCACAUAUGUGGUGGGAUUCUUCUGUCGUCCUGCUGGGCUCUCACUGCUGCUCACUGCAUGUAUGUCUUGCACACCAUUUCUUCAGAUUUGAAACCACCUUUAUUCUUUAACUUAAAGGUGGGGUAGGCAAGAUCUGAGGAAGUGCCAGUUUUUGGGAGAAAUCUUUAAUGUAAACUCUACUCCUCCCAACCAGUUUUCCUCUCAGCUCCUCCUCCCCCCUCCCUCUCUGCUCCAGCAAGCCCCGGCCCACAAACAGACGCUCCUGCUUGCUCGAAUCAUUUUAUUUAAAUUCAGAUAUAAUGCAGAUGAAUACUUAAGAUAGUUCCAAAUGGGGCCCAGUCAACGUGAAAGUAAAAAGCAUUGGUGCUUCUGUAGAUGCCGACAGACUACAAGCAAACUCAAAGUUUGCAGGACUUCUACAACUAGGAUAAAGUGGUAUACUCCAGGACCCGAGGUAAACAGUUUAGCGGCGCAACAACAUGCAGCAGGUCCCAUUGUACAAGAAAAACUUCUGUUACAGACACUUGUCUUAAUUUGUUAAAGCGGUUUACCUGUCCAGCAGAAAGGUUACAGGGUCUGUAAGAUCCCAAAGCCUCCCCAUACGCUCCAUUGAUGUUGACCCGGCUUUUUAGCUUUUGUCUGGUCUACCUCCUUUUUAAGCACCCGUUAUUCCGCCAGAAUCUCUGGUAUUUACUUUGUUUUCUUGUUUGUGUUGGCAGUUGUAGCUAAAGGAGGAUUCAGACAAUUUUCCGUACUGUCUGCUUGAUUUCUGCUGUCCCAUAUUGUUGCACGCUAACUUUGUUUGGGCUCGUGAACGACACGGGGGAGAAGCAUCUGCCACACAACCAAUCAGCACUAAGGAGCAGCGUCUGCCUCACAACCAAUUAGGUUGGGGGAGGCGAAGAAUGGCUUUGUGGGCAGUCAGAAAGAGUGGGCCACUCUAAAAAUUUUAAAUGUUGACUACACAGACAAAACAAAACACAGCGGUAUCGUUAUAAUCCCAAUGUCAUCAAUAACUAAUAGCUAUGGACCGAUAUUAAAAGCUUUUUUGUAUCUAUGUACACCACAAAAAAAGAUGCUUCUUUAACGGAAUCCUGCCUACUUCACCUUUAACUGUAAUUAUUUUCUUUUGCAGUUCAAAUACCAAUGAAUUUCAAGUGAUGUUGGGAGGAGUGAAAUUAUUCAAACAGGAGGAGAUGGACCAGACCAUCCCGGUUGUAGAAACUAUUGUUCAUGAGAACUACAGGGAGGCUCCUAAUGCUCUACACAACGACAUUGGUUUGUAACAUUAGAGUCAAAAUAGUCCACAUGCUUUAAGAUGAUGAGUCUGUGAAAAAGAAGUUAAACGAUUUAAAAAUAACACAAAUGACUGAUGUUAGCUAACAGGCAAUUUUCUUUCCUGUGUAGCUCUUCUCAGACUCCAGGUGACAGACAGUCCUUACUGUGCCAAAGAAACCCGCUUUGUGAGGGCAGCAUGUCUACCAGACCAGAGCUUCCCAUCUGGGAAAGAGUGUGUGAUCUCAGGAUGGGGGGCCACAGAAAGCCGUAAGUACCUUUCAUUAAGACUCAUUUAAUGUCAUCAGAUUAUUUAGUUAGACUCGACUGCAUUUCCAAAUAUUGGGGUAUGUGAAAAAUCCAAUUCAUGAAACAAGAGAUCAGAGCAGUCACUUAGUUAAGGUUAAGAUGCAAAAUCAUUGGAUCAAAUAUGAUCAGAAGUACAGCUGGAACAUAACCUCCUUCACUUGUUAACAUUUUGGACUUUCAAACCUGCUCUGUGACGCAGACUCUGCUUAAAAGUUUGACUCUAACCAUAGACUGUAUAAAGAAUGGACAGUGUCCACCUUCUUGCCAGGUGAAGCCACCCCGAGAACAGCACCCUCUGGUGACGGGCUGCAGUAUGGGUCAUAAAUCCCGCCUCCGGCAGCAAGGCUUAUGGAGCUGUGGACAAAUUUUAGAAGUUUAUUACACAGAACAUAAUUUUUUCCCCCUGCUUGUGAUGUUGACAUGUAGUUACUGUUAGACUGGUUUGUGUUCAAGUCCUCUUUUUUCUGCACAGCUCCAUUUUUAAAAGUUGUUAGGGGGUUCAUGUUUUCAAUGAUUGAUACUUGAUACAGCCUAUGGGCGUACAAAGAUUGCGUAGCUUACCCAGAGGAUAUGCUGUUUUAGCAGAGCGUCAUCACAGCGACUCUCAACGACUCUCCCGCCAAUGCGACUGUGCAAGUGGUGGAGUGCGUACAAUGCUACUGCACAAUGUUGGUUUCAGGAAGGGGAGAAAAAAACGGAAUUACUGAGAGCUUUUUGGCUUAAAAUCCAUGUACUUGAGGAAGGCAGAACCAAGUUGUCCAUAGUUUAAACAGUUUAUGAGUCCAACGUGAAAAUCAGACAACACUGAUGACUUCAUGAUCAAUCUAUGCCUCAUGGAUAAAUCUAUAAAUUUAUGCUUCAUCUUUAGUUCUCUUUUACUUUUCAGAGAGAUUUAGCAGCCACCUGCUAAACGCUCGUGUGUUCAUGAUUUCUGACCAGAAAUGCAGAACUCCUGAGGUUUAUGGAAGUGUGCUGGACGACAGCAUGAUAUGUGCAGGGAUUCUGCAGGGUGGCACUGACUCCUGCAAGGUGAGUUUUUUCAUUAGUGAAAAAAAACUAAUCCAUUCACAUGAGGUGGGACUGAUGAUUCAAGUGUUUUGAAUGCUCUAUUAACAUUAGCCUUGGUGAACAAGAUCAAUUUAUCCUCUUCUUAGUGGUCCACUAAAAAAAGAGUUUCUGUACCUGUUCUGUUUCUACAGGGUGACUCAGGAGGACCACUGGUCUGUGAACACAAUGGCACUCACUAUGUUAGUGGAGUGGUGAGCUGGGGCAUUGACUGCGCUCGGAGGAACAAGCCUGGUGUCUAUGCCAACGUCUACUCAUUUCUUGACUGGAUCAAAAACCAAAUGAAAUAAACACAAAAAUUAUCUACAGGGGGGAAAGUAAAAAAAAAAAAAUCAUGAUACUCGGCAUAGUUUGCCCUGGAAAAAAAUAGUUUAUUUAACCAGCAAUAAAACCAAGCAUUUACUCCCAGCCCAGCUUUGAGUUAAAAUGGGACCUGAUACAAACUCACAAAGCUGAACCUGCCAGACAAAACGGAGGGCACACAUUUUUUCAUUCGACAAUACUUAUUCCCACUGAGCCUUGCAAAGUGCAUUAUAUUAGCAGACUUCAUUGGAGAACUGCCAGUUUGCAAGGUUUGUCUGAGCCUUGUCCAAUGAAAUAAAAUAACAUACCUUUUUAAAAAAGUAUAGGGCAUUCUCUGAUCCAGAUUCAUGUUAUUUGAACACAUUCAAGAUACAAAACUAAAACAAACCUUGUAUUUGAAACUCAAAGACUUUUACUUUUCGCACAAUACAACCUGAAUUCAGUUCUCUCAAUGCUCUCAAUAGAUCCACCCAGUUGGAGAUUUCAAUAAAGUAUCAAAAAUACUUAAACCCCAUCGUUUCUGUCUCUGUUCCUUUUUAGUUAAGCACAUACACUGACAAUCUUUUCAUCUAACCUGGCAAGUCCUAUUUUGUCCGACUUACUUGAUCCAUUUCUUCUCUCAUUCUGACAACCUCUCACAAUAGUUUCAGCUACAGUAGCUGUGUUAUACACAAGUGUAACUCCUGAGGCACACUCUUUUUUUGUCCUAUAAAUUAUCCCAUUAGGUAAAAAUUAACACUUUCUAAAAAUGAAAAUCAGAAAUGCUACAAUCUACAAAGAAUUUCUUAAAUCUACGCAUCCUCUAUCGCAGCAGCUUUGCUUGACGUCUUCACUGCGUUUUGGAGGGCAGCUGAUGAAGAAGAUGAGGUGGUGCUGGACUUCUCCAUAGACUUGAAUGAGGUUGUG